UAUACGCGGGUGUGUAUAUAUAUAUCUGUGGAGAGAAAACCUCAUCAAGAACACACACAGACGCCUACACAAGCGAAUUAGAUUAUACCCACUCUAUAUUCUUCUAGAAUUCUUCUGCCCUAAUUUUCGAUCAAAAUCCCCAAUUCAGAAAUAUCUUCAAUUAAAUUGAAACUAGAGUUAGGUUUGAUUGAAGGCGUACCUUAUGGGGAGAGUUGCCGACGUAGAUCUUAUUCCAGGCCUUCCGUACGACGUCGGGCUCGAAUGCUUGGUGAGAAUUCCUCAUCAGUGUUUCUCCUCCGUAGCCUCCGUCUGCAAAAGCUGGAAGCGUCAGAUUCAAGCUUCUGAGUUCUGGAGGGUUCGGCAAGCUUCCGGGUUGACAAAUAGGGUAAUUGUGAUGGCCCAAACGCGGUUCGACCCGACCCGGGAGGUUGGAGUGAAGAAGCAUGUGUCAGCCCCGCCGGUUUACCGGCUGACGCUGUGCGAACCGGCGACGGGUUACUGGGCGGAGCUACCAGCCCUACCCGGAUACCCUCACGGAUUGCCUCUGUUCUGCCAGGUCGUCGGAGUCGGGUCGGAUCUGGUGGUAAUGGGCGGGUGCGACCCGGGGACUUGGGAGGUGUGGAACGGCGUGUAUCUUUACAAUUUCGUAACCGCUACCUGGCGGAGGGGCGCCGACAUGCCCGGCGGCAAGCGGUUGUUCUUCGCGUGCGCGGCGGACGCCGCGCAUCGGACGGUGUUCGUCGCCGGAGGCCACGACGGCGAGAAAUGCGCGCUGAAGUCGGCGAUGGCGUACGAUGUAGCGGAGGACAAAUGGACGGACUUACCGGACAUGGCGAAGGAACGCGACGAGGCUAAAGGACUAUUCCGCCGCGGCCAAUUCCUCGUCGUCGGCGGUUACCCGACCGACGCGCAAGGAAGGUUCGAGACCACCGCCGAAUCGUUCGAUCCGGCGGAGCGCCGGUGGUCGCCGGUGGAAGACGAUUUCCUCGACAAUCCAACUUGCCCUAGGAAUUGCCUCGAGGACGACGCCGGAAACCUAUUCCUCUGCCGUGGCAACGAAUUGUUAGCCUUGGAAGGAUCGACAUGGCGGAUCGCGGCGGAGCUCCCCGCCGCCGUCAGGAAUACGGCGUUCGCGGCGGCGUGGGAAGGGAAAGUGGCGGUGUUCGGGUCGGAAGGAUUUGGGGCCCAUUACCAGGGAUUCGUAUUGGAUUUGAAGACCGGCAAAUGGGUACAAAUAGGGGCAAAAGAGGAAUUUUCAGGGCAUGUUCUGUCAGGGUGCUGUUUGGAACUGUAAAAAUCUGAUCGUUUUAAUUUCAGGAUCCAAUGUACAUUAUAACCUCCAAUCUAAGUUUUCCCAAACACGGCCUUGCGCCAUAAAUAGAGCUUAUUUUACAUUACCGUUAUUAUAUUUUGUUGUAUAUUAGUACACGAUAUGUAUAUAAGAAGGAGAGGUAAUGAAGAAGAAAAAAAAAACCAAGUGUGUGUAAUGUCGUAUGUAUAUAUUCGGAUACACCUUUGGACGUAGAAGAAUGAGAAGUGUUCUAUUUUAUCCUCA